AUGAACGGAACUAUUUUUGCUGUGAAAAAUAACUGGCAUAAAAAUGGUAUUUGGUGGUUCACCAAAAUGCUCAAUAAGGCUGUUGGUGAAGAAAGAUAUGAUGCAUUGAGAUUAGCCAGAAGAACCUGGGGCAUGAGAUUCUAUUAUGCAAGAUAACAGGUAAUGUAUGAAACUUUUGUUGAUCACCCUGACCUUGCUAACUGGGUUGGUAUGUAUCCUAAAGUUGACUCAUCUCAUGGUUUCCCUUUCUACAGCACCUAUGAAAUGUACAGAGAUUUCUAAGAAAACACCCUCAACUCCGAUGGUGCCUUCGCUCAAUGGAUCACAUUGCUCUGCGGUAUCUAUUGUAUUCAUGAAAUCUACACAUACAUGUUACCCUAUUACUGGAUAUCUACUCCCUUGAAAAAUGAUGAAUACUCCCGUUUGAGAAUGAGAGAUUACAUCGCCUCUGCUGUCUUAGAAGAAAUUUAUGGUAUUCAAUAUGGUGAUUGGACUUGGCUCCCUCACGAUUUCGCCUACAACAGAAUGAGAGGUAUUUAGGGUUACAUGCAUCCUGAUGAUCCUAGAGCUAUGUGCACUUCUACUUUUAAUAGAAAAUAAAAGUAUAGAGAACACGAACUCGAAAGAGCUGGUGAUUACCACCACAUGACCUAUCCUAAAUGA